CUGAAAGGACUGAACGCGCGACAGGCCGUAAACCGAGACUGAGUAAACAAGAUGGCGUCCAGCAGCGGGUCCAGUAAGAAUGAGUUCCGUAGGAAGUGGGACAAAGACGAGUAUGAGAACUUGGCCCAGAAGCGUAUCUCUGAGGAGAGAGACCGCGAGAGGAGAGAUGGGAAAGUGGCUCCGCCGGUCAAGCGGGACCUUCUGCGUCACCGAGACUACAAAGUGGACCUGGAGUCCAAACUGGGGAAGACCAUCGUCAUCACGAAGACCACCCCUCAGGCCGAGAUGGGCGGUUAUUACUGUAACGUCUGCGACUGCGUCGUCAAAGACUCCAUCAACUUCCUGGACCACAUAAACGGGAAGAAACACCAGAGGAACUUGGGCAUGUCCAUGAGAGUCGAGCGCUCGUCUCUCGAUCAGGUGAAGAAACGCUUUGAGGCGAACAAGAAGAAGAUGGAGGAGAAGCAGAAGGAGUACGACUUUGAAGAGCGCAUGAAGGAGCUGCGAGAGGAGGAGGAGAAGGCGAAGGCCUACAAGAAGGAGAAGCUGAAGGAGAGGAAGCGGCGAGCGGAGGAGGACGUGGACUUCGAGGAGGACGACGAGAUGGCCGCCGUGAUGGGAUUCUCCGGCUUCGGCUCGUCGAAGAAGAGCCACUGACGCUCUGCGCCUCCUGCAGGAGGACCUGAAACCAGCUGAACUCUAGACCAGAACCAGACUCUAAAGACAGGAAGUCCUGGUUCAGUCCUGGAUCUCAUUUAUGGUCCUGGAAACAUUCUUUCUGGCUCCAGUUGUGCUUUUAUUUUGGUAGUUUCAAGGUCACAUGUUUGUUUUUAAAGUUUGUUUACUUUAUGAUGUAUAGUUUGUAAACUGUGAAUUAAAUUCAGUUUUUAUUGGACGUGAGAAGUGUUUUAGAAGCUUUAUUAAAGUCCACAAAUGUUUGUCUCAGUUUAAUUUUCACUUUGCUGAAUAAACAGUUUUUUGUUUCUA